CUUGUACAAUAGGAAUCCCUUAUACUUAAUAGUGAUACAAAUUCAUCUGAACCGCUCACUUCUAUUGAUCUGCACCAUCACUUCCAUUUCUUUUCUGAUACACGUAUCAUCGAUCUCGGCCUUCUGUAAUCUUCUUUCCUCCUUCCAUCUUCCAUUUGUUUCACUAUCACCGAUCUCAUUUCUUGCCUUUUGUAGUCCUCUUUCCAUUUCUUUCCGUCUCUUUUCCAUGGCCGACAAGCAUUUCUUUGCCGGAAUGAAACAUCACCGCCACAAUAUCCCCGGCGCCACCAAGACGUUCGACGCCAAUUAUGGUCAAUCGUUGCCGGAAUGAAACAUCACCACCACAAUAUCGUCGGCGCCACCAAGAUGUUCGACGCCAAGGUUAUGGUCAAUCCCCGUGGGACAGGAGAAAUCAGAUACCUUCGCACCCUCUGAAUUGGCUUGAUCGAACCCUCUGUAUAUCUCAAAGCCGCCCAAUUCCGUCCAAAGAAUAUUUUAGCAAGCCAGAAUAUGCUGAUCAAUUUUGUGCUUGGCGAUUUGAAAUAUUGAGGAACGUUUUGGCCCAUAUAGGAACUAGCUUUAUGGGGUACUCUCGACAUUAUCUUUUUUACUCAUAGCACCGAUAAAGGUUUCUAUCACAUUAUUCGCAAAGUCCUGAUUGUGACUCUUCUUAUGUCAGGGUUACCGCAUCACUAGAGGUAAUAAGUUAUUUCUAAAGUAACCAAUUACAGUUUAUCAGUUCUAGAAUCUGGGCAGCUAAGCACCUAAGUACCAAUUUAAGAUUGUUGUGAAUAAAGAACACAAUUGAGCCACACCAUAUUAAGGAAUAAGGUUACGCUCAUGAUUUCAAUAUCUAAGAGGAAUGUUUUUUUAUUCCUACUAUAAUAGAAUCAUUGAUUGUAUUAAUUUGUGGUACUAUCCCCUUCAUUCUAUUAAUUUUUUACUCCGUAUAAGUUCUGAGUUCUCAUGAACUAAUAAAUUUCUAUUAGUUCCAGACUUCCAGUCUCCAAUUUAAUGUUUUUCAAAAGUAAUAGAUUCAACCAGGUAAUAUCUACCGGUGAACUAUUAGUUAAGAAUAGAUUUAGGAUUAGGCUAUUAGUCUCUUAUAAGCCAAAUCACCUUUUUCUCGCAUCACUAUAGAAAGGGACGAUGCUUUAUUUUUUCAGUCAUGAGAACUAUUCAGAACUAUUAAUGCUUAGAAAAAAAAUCUGGAGAACAAAAGUUUCAACUUUUAUCACUUUCAUCACUCCCAUUGUGUUAUAUUGUUUUCAUGUAUUUAUCGAGGACAUAUAGCAUUCCAAAGGCAUGGCAAAGACAAAGUUACUGAAGUAAAAGAUGUACUAGGGAGAAGCAAAAUCAAUGUAUUUACGAACACUUGAUAUUUGAAAUUGUAAGCUUAUUCAUGAUGCAGUAUUGUCAUUCUAAUAGAACUUAUUUCUUAAUAAGGUUAUAUGUCUGUUUUACAAACAAUUAACACAUACUCACUGAAUAAGAAAUACAAAUAUCCACAUAAACAUUAAAUGUUUUAUGUGAAAUGUGAAAAAAAAUGCAGCUUUAAAUCUGAGCAAUGGAGUGUCUUGGUUGAGUUUCAAGUUGGAUUAACAAGUAGCUUUAGGUAGUAUGUGAAAUAGCGCAUUUGAGUAAAUAUAUAUUCAAUUUUUUUUAUAGAAGUGUUAAUAAUUGUAUAUAUGCACAACAAAACUACUUGGUAAUUGAUCGUGUUCUUAUUUUUUUUUCUUUUUUUUUCACUAUUGCAGGUAUCUUCAUUGAAAACGAAUGAUAAUGUUUGAAUAUGAAAGGUCUUCAAUUUGUAAUGAUUAGAUGGCUAUUUGAAUGGGAUUACGUGAGAUUAUCACAAACUUUAACUAAUAAGGUUCAAAGAUAUUUUUACAUGUAGGAUUCAUGGGUUUUAUAAGGUGUUUGAUGGUAAAUUUUAAAAUAUAUCUUUUGCUUCUAUCACUAUAAUUAAUAGGAGUUUUCCUUUUUCCUAAAACUUUUAAUAAGUAGACUUGACUUCUAAAUAUUUGAAAACUUGUAACUUCUAACAUACUUCUUAUAUAGCAGUUUUUGUUAUCUAUUUUUGUAUUUCCAAUUUAAGAAUGGUUUUUGCUCAACAAAUAUAAGUUUCGGCUCAUCAACGAGAAGAACAAGUAUUGAACUCCAAUCAAUCAAUCAUAGACCAGGUUGAUAGGGUCAACAUGUUGGAGCAAAUAGGUUCGGGGGUCAAGGGCAUAGGGAGUGUUUGGAUAUAAUUUUUAAGUAGAUAUGAAAGUAAUUUAAAAGUGAAAGUGCAAGAGUACUUCUAAGUGCUCCGAAUUGUUGCUAGAAACAAUUUUCUAGAAGUUGAUGGAAAUUAUCUUCUGAAAAAAUAAUUCUGAUUCUACUUCCGCUUAUAGAAAAGAUGUAAAAUCAGAAUUAAUUCCAAACACUCUCAUACUUAUCUAAGCUCAAAUUUAGCUUCUUCGUCGAGCUUAGAUAAUAACCUUAUAUGACAUACAAUACUUAGAAGGGAAAAUGAAAACUAAUAAGCCAACCUUUUAGCGGGCUUCUUACAAUAGUCCCAUCUUUUGAUUAUUUAGGAAUAAUCCGACCUUUGCAUCCCAUCUUCAUUCAAUGGUCCUCGAUCGGUUGAUGACCUGCUAUUCCAAGUUAUUUUCUUAUCUUUGCAAUAUAUUAUACCAUAAAUCUCAACCGGUCACAUAAUGUUUUGCAAAGAUAAGAAAAUAACUUGAAAUAGCAGGUCAUCAACCGGUCAGGAAGCAUUGAAUGAAGAUGGGGUGAAAAGGUUGGAUUAUUCCUGAAUAAUCAAAAGGUGGGAUUAUUAUAAGAAAACCGCUAAAAGGUUGGAUUAUUAGUUUCCAUUUUCCCGAAUGACCUAACAAUGUUAAAUGUUCUGGUUUGUUAAGUCAUGAGCUAAAUAGAUCAAUCAUCUCAAUUUUUGCAAUGAUUGUGAGAAAAUAGAUCAAUCACCUCAAUUUUGUAAUGGUAUGACUUUUAGUGACUAAACUUGGAGCUAUAGUAUCAAGCCUCAAUUGACGUGUAUUGAGAGUGAAAAAGUUCUUAUUCCUAAACUUUGUUUAACACCAUCAAACAUUACACUCCUCUUCACUCUCAAUGUAGACAAUUUUCAUUAAUAGAUAGUUAUGUAAUGACCAUUAAUAAGAGUGAAAAAAAGUCAUUAGAAAACUGAAAAAGAUGAUGUCUUCCUUAGUCACCCCAUUUUUACACAUAAACAACGAUAUAUGGUGGUCUCCAAAGUAACAACCCAUAUGAAUUGAAGCUUGAGAUUUGUGAUGAAGAUGAAUAAUAGGCACACCUACGGUGUAUAUGUUGUAUACGAAGGAGAAUAAUUUGUAAUUUCCUUCAACACUUUCUGACUUACACUCACGUCCUAUUAAUCAUAUGAUGUUUUUCAUUUAAUGUUUCCCAUUUAGUUCUUUAUUUUCUAUUAUAAUGGCCAUAUGAUGUUUUUCGUUUAAUGUUUCCCAUUUAGUUCUUUAUUUUCUAUUAUAAUGGCAUCUUAUUGUAAGUUUAUUUCAAUUCAUUGGAUCACUAUCAAAUUUUGUAGUUUUUUAUAUAAUUGCAUCUAACUUAUUAUGUGAGUAUUUUUCUCCCGUGCAACGCACGGGUGGAGUAACUACUAUUUCUUAAUAUAAUACUUUCUGAUAUUUGUUGUCCUAAGAUAAUUACUCCGUAUAACUUUCUCUUUAAAGUAACUACAUUUUUAUUCUAAUUGGUUCUUUCUCUUUUAUUAAAAACCUUACUCGCACACUUUUCCAAUCUUAUUCCUAUUUCCCCCAUCUUGGCAAAUUUCAACCGGUGGAUGAAGCAAAAAUCUUUUUACAAAAUACUAAAAUUAUGAUGCAUUUGCAAAGAGGAAAAUCAAUGACGAAAUAAUAGUGUCACCAUUUCAUACAAAUAAUUGCUUAUAAAAUAUGAUUUUGUCAUUAUACUUAUAAAAUAUGUGACACAAGUUAUCGUCAUUAAUUUUAUUAAUUUGUCACACAAAGAUUUCCCUCCAAAAAAUUGACGUCACAUUUUGGCGCUCAAAGUUUAGAUGACAAAGAUGAGUUUAUUGUCAUAUUUUAUAUUAAAUAGUGACGAAAAGUGAGACAAUAAAUGACAAUAAAUGGCAUUGUCAUAAAAAGUCAUCUUAUUGUGACGAAUUUGAGUUUUGUAACAAUAAUUCAACAAUAUGUGACAUUUUUUUGUGUGUCACACAAAUUUUUGUCAUAAAAUGUAUGAUUUCUUGUAGUGUAGCUAGCUCAAUGGGGCAGUUAGUUUUACUUGUUCCACAAGUAUUUCCUUCUACACUAUAAAUAUCACCUUACACCUUAUGGGGAGGGAUCACAUUAUGUAUUCUCAAGCCUACUGUUACCCUACCAAAUUCUUACUCGACCUAUACUUAGUAACUUUCCGACUCUCCCUCAAGUUUUGUCUACCAUACCCCAGGGUCAACGAAGACAUCACUAUUCUGGAGGAUUUUUCUCGCGCUGUUUGGUUUCAUUUCUUACGUGAGAAAAAUGAAGUGACAAAUGUUUUGAAAAGUUACUUUUCCAUGAUAAGCCACCAGUUUAAUAAAGAAGAUAAAAUUGUUAAAAGUAAUAAUGAGAGUGAAUAUAAUUUCAAUCAUUGAAAAAUUAUUUACUUAGCGAUGGAAUUCAUCUUCAAACCUCUUAUGUUGACACCUCGCAACAAAAUGGAUAGGUGGAGCGGAAGCACGGGCUUAUUAUUAAUGUGACUUGUACCAUGCAUUUUCAUGCCUGUUUACCGAUUCAACAUUGGGGAAAACGUGUCUUGGUUGCAGGCUAUUUGAACAACUUGGUCCCUUUUCCGAUAAUUGAUGAGAAAACUCCGUAUGAGUUGUUGUAUUUGAUCUAUAACACUCGUUGGGUCUUUGGAUGUCUUUGUUAUGCUCGGACAUUGAAUCAGUCUCACAACAAGUUUUUCGAAACUAUUUUCUUUGGGCUAUUUUCAGUCUCAAAAGGUUGAAAGGUAUUUGAUCUUGAAACCAAACAACAUUUUAUUUCUCGGGAUGUGCAGUUUUCCGAAACUAUUUUCCAAUUUGCUGAACAAACAAAGGAUCCAUGUGAAGCUCCAUCUACCACCCCUGUGCUUCCGUAUUUCCUUUAUGGUGUGAUUUCUAAUUUCUCUUAUAACCACAUAACAUCCUCUCCUACAUUGACAGUUCCUGCCAUGCACCCAUUUCCAUCACUCACAAACCAAACUUCACCAACACCCGACAACCAUGGUAACAUCCAGCUCGGUCAUGCUGAAAUUCCAUUCUAUCCACCUCUCAUUGUCACAACUUUGGGCUGUCACACAGCAUCCCCACGAUGUGAUACCAAGUUGGAUCUCACCACUUCAGAUAACAUUGGUCUCAUACAAAGAAGUCAAUGCCGACAUGUACCUCUUGCCUGGCAUUCAGACUAUGUUCACCUCAAUUCGAUCAAAAUAGACUCUCCCCCCACUGCUCUUCCAUCCACGACUUCCUCAGGUACUUCGAAUUCUUUAACUCAUUAUGUAAAUUUUAAUUGCUUUUCUAGGAAACACCGUGCUUUUCUUGCCUCCAUUUUUUCUAUUGUCGAACCAGACAUUUCGUGACGAAGUUCAGGAUCCUAAAUAGCAUGAAGCCAUGAAUCGAGAAAUAGAGACUCUUGAAUGUAAUGGCACAUGGACUCUUCAAUCUUUGCCACCGGAAAGAAACCCAUUCACUCUAAAUGGGUUUACAAAAUCAAAUACAAAAGCGACGAAUCCAUAGAGCUAUAUAAAUUCGGUCUUGUAAUUUGCAGAAGCCGCCAAAUUGAAGGCAUCAAUUAUCAUGACACCUUCACCCUGGUUGCCAAAUUGGUCACUGUUCGCACCAUUCUGGCCAUUGCUGCAUCUCAUCACUGGCAAUUGUAUCAGCUAAAUGUAGAUAAUGCAUUCUUACAUGGUGACCUCCAUGAAGAGGUUUAUAUGCAUCUUCCUCCGGGGUACCACACUUCAAUGACGGGAAAAGCUUGUUUUGUGUAUGCUCCCUUUAUAAGCUUGUAUGCUCUUCAGUGUUGGUUCUCCAAAUUGACAGGGGCUCUUAAGGCUUAUGGAUUCUCUCAAUCUUAUGUUGAUUAUUCACUUUUUACUCUAUGACGUGAUAAUGAUAUUUUAUUUAUGAGUCCUCAUUUAUGUGGAUGAUUUACUUAUUACAGGAAAUAGUUAUGUUUUAAUCCAUGAUUUCAAUACUUGUUUGGGUCAUUCCUUCCCUGUCAAGGAUCUUUGUACCAUGAAGUAUUUCCUUGGCAUAGAGAUCGCUCGCAAUCCCACUAGAAUUUUUAUUUGUCAGCGCAAAUAUGUCCUUUACAUUCCUGUUGAAACCGGUCUUUUAUCCCAUGGUCUAGAGUGACUACUUGCAGGUAGAUGAUGGCUCGUUUAUUGUGAUCCUCAUUGGUGACGCCGCCUUGUUGGUAAGCUCAUUUGCUUGACUCUUGCACAACUACAUAUCUAUUACUUGUCCAUAUCCUAUCUCAAUUCAUGAAACACCCUCGUGUACGUGGCUCACUGGGAGGCUGUCUUUCGAGUACUGCGAUAUUGGAAAGGACACUCAGGCCAAGGAAUUCUUCUAUGCAGUGACUCGUCUCUCUCUUUAACCGGCUAUUGUGAUUCAGAUUAGGCGAGUUGUUCACUCAUCCAGUGCUCUGUUUCUCGCUAUUUUGUGACCAUUGGACAUUCACAUAUCUCUUGGCGCACAAAGAAGCAAGUCAUUUUCUCUCAAUCCUGCUGAAACUGAGUAUCGUUCCAUGGCAUCAUUAACAUGUGAACUUAUUUGGCUAAUGAACCUCUUGACCUCUCUCGGUGUAUCUCAUUCUCAACCCAUGCGGUUAUUAUGUCACAAUCAAGCAGCUUUUCACAUGACCUUUAAUCCUGUUUUUCAUGAAAGAACCGGACACAUCGAAAUUGACUAUUACUUUCUUCACGACCACGUUCAAAACAAGACUAUCCAGCUCUCUCACAAAACAUCCACUAAACAACUUGUUGAUAUCUUCACCAAGGCUUUGGACUCUCAGCAAUUUACAUAUCCAUUAUAGAAGAUGGGCAUCCAAGAUCUGCAUGCUCCACCAUGGGGGGUGUUAGAGCCCAUAUAUUUUAUUUUCUUCUCUUUAUUUUUGUAUGUUAUGUAAAUAUUCUAUCUUAUUUGUAGUUGUAUGUUUUACACUAUUUCCUAGGCUAGAUUUUUCCUUCUUUCUAAAACUCUUUGACAUGUGUUGUAAACCAGCCAAAGAAGAUACCAAUUUUUUUCACAAAUCUAAUAUAAUAUUAUACCUUUAGAAAUAUGUCUUGAUAUGAUGUUUUAAAAGGAGCAUAACAUUAAUACCAAAUGAGCACAUAUAACUUAUAAAAUGAGCAUUGAAAAAUUCAAAAGCUCAUUUGAGCAUCAAAACAUCUUCAUUGAGUAUCGUCUUCUUUACUAUUAAUCAUUAUGACUCUGUGAGCAUUCUUCAAUCUGGUCAUCACGAGCUCCAAUCUGACAUGUGGUGGUCAUGUGAGUUUCAUCGGCUAGGAGGAGCUAGCGGGCCAUGAGCACGAGCAUCUUGUGCGAGAUGAGCAUUUGGACGUCUAGGUGUGAACAACGAUUCGUCCAUAUGGGUGCGAGCAGCUGCCCAGGUGUGAGAGGCGGGUUGUCCACCUGGAUGUGAGCGGUGAGCCAUUCGUUUGUGUCAGCAGUGGUGAGUGAUGCACAACGGCUACAUAUAACUCGACUAUACCGUGCACAUGAUACAACCGAUUAAACGAUAUAAUUUUUCCUUUUUGUGUACACCCCCUGUUGUACAUCUGUAUACAAGUAACUCAUUUUUAAAAAAAGUUCGGGAUUAUGUGUUUACACAGGUGAGUGUACAAAAAAAUGUACACUUUUUGUACACCAUGAAUUGCUCAAGGAAAAUACUAUCCACG